ACGAAGCAGGACGCCUCAUCACCACAGACAAAAUGGUUGCCGCAAAGAAGCACGUCCCGAUCGUCAAGAAGCACACCAAGCGCUUCAACAGGCACCAGUCGGACCGCUUCAAAUGCGUGGACCCGUCAUGGAGGAAGCCCAAGGGUAUUGACAACCGCGUUCGUAGGCGGUUCAAGGGCCAGGCUGCUAUGCCCAAGAUUGGCUACGGCUCCAACAAGAAGACUCGCCACUUGAUGCCUUCCGGCCACAAGGCUUUCCUCGUCAACAACGUCAGCGAUGUUGACCUCCUCCUCAUGCACAGCAACACCUUCGCCGCAGAAAUCUCGCACGCCGUGUCCGCCAGGAAGCGCAUCGAAAUCGUGAACCGGGCGAAGCAGCUCGGCGUGAAGGUGACGAACGGCAAGGCCAAGGUCAAGGUCGAGUCGUAGACGUUGCGGCGAUGUAUGUGGAGGGAAUGAGGUUUCGGGACAGCAGCGAC